AUGAAAAGGUGGAGGAGAAGGCGAAAAAAAAAAGGGAAAAAGAAGUUGUUUUUUUUCUUUUUUCUUUUUGUGUGUGUGUACGUGAGUGUGUAUAUGUGUGUGUGUGUUUUUUUCUUUCUAAAAAGGGGGAAGAAAAAAAAGAGGAAGAAGAAAACAUACAAAAAGGAGGAAAACAACAACAAAAGAAGAAGAAAUAUCAGAGAGAGAGAGAGAGAGAGAAAAGAAAAAAAAGAAGGAAACAAUGAAGCAAGGAAAAAAAAAGAAGGAAAGAAAAAAAAGAAAGAAAAGGGAACGAGAAACCACACAAACAUGCAAAGAAAAAAAAAAGAAACGGUAACCGAAAUGAAAUACGACAACAAGAACAAGAACAAGAACAAGAAGAGUAAAGAAAAAAAAAGAAUAAGGAAGUACACGGGACCUCCAGUGUUACCCCUGUGUUUCUUUAUGUGUUUGUUUCUUUUUUCUUUUCUUUUUUUUUCUUUCUUUCUUUUUUUUCUUGUGUGUGUGUGUUUUCUUUUUUUUUUUUUUUUUGCUUUUUAUUUUUAUGAGGGAAGAAGGGAAUGA